AUGAUAAGAGGUCAAUGGAGUUUAUCACAAGAAUUUAAACAGAAUGAGAAAAGACAACAGAAUAGAAUACAACAGAAACAGAAACAUGAAUUUAUGAUGAAAAAGCUACUGAAAAUAGAUCCAAUCAAAUUAUUCUAUAAAAUUGAGAAUUUGGAAAAGAAGGAAAAUAAGAGUAAAACAGAUGAACAUCACUUAAAUUUAUUGAAAGAUGAUUGGGAAUUUAUUGAAAAGAAUAAAUUACAUUUAAAGAAACUAGAAAAGCUUAAGAAAGAAUUGGAAACUAAAGAAAGGUUGAAAUUAAAACAAAAAAGUAAAUUAUGGGGAGAUAAAUCAGUAUAUUUCAAUCCUGAAUUAAAUGCUCUAGGGAAAGUGCCGAAUGGUUAUAAGAACUUGACUAUUCCAUUGAAAGAGAGAGUCAAAUAUGAACCAGAUCCAUUAAUUAAACAACUAAAUAUCAAACUACCAACUGGUUCACCACCUCAAUUUUAUAAAUUGAUUCAGAAUACCUCAAAAUCAAUGAAAUCAGAAGAACCAGAACAAAAAAAGAUUAAGCUAUCCGAUCCUUCAUGA